AUGCAUGUUCUCAGCACUUUGCGAGCGUCUAACCAUGACGCUAAAACAGUCACGAACUCAGGAUCUGGGUUGGGCAAGAAGCAACUUUCCUUGGCGAUCAGAGACGCGCGCAUACCAUUCACCAGUACACCAUCGCUAGUUGAUGAUGUGUGUAGCUUGCUCGCCUCCCGCACCAAGUUGUGCCAUGUCUGCCAGUCAUUCUCAUUGCAGUUAUCAUCAUGGAUAAGACAGCCAACGUUUGAUGAAUUGCUACAGUGGCCGGUGCGAGAUUACGCAAAAGACCGCAUGGCUGCUCUUUCAGAUGGCUAUCGUCUCCUCCCUCCAGAACGCGUUGACUCAACCACACCUCGACCAAGCAAUGUUUUUGAGCAUCAUAACGCUGCUCGAGAUCUGCUGAAGUCAGCUAAGAACUGUCGAUUUUGCGAAUUGCUCAAAUUGGCCAUCGUACUGGACUCGAAUCGAACGCGCAGUUUUCCAUAUGAUAAGACCGGAACGCCACUGGGAGAAAUUCUGGUGCAAUACAACCGUAAGCCAGGCGGGCCUGAUGUUACCAACAUUAUUGAAGGAUUGCGGGCUAGCGAAGAUGCAAUUUACUUGAUGGUAGAACCGUAUCCGAUGGGCGGUUAUAUUAAAAGUGCUGGUUAUAAGUCUGCUCUUGGAAAUAUUCGAGUGAUCUGGCAAAAACCAAAAUCAAUGUUGACAGAAGAUACUCGAGCUGUCGUUUUUACUCGGUUGAAUAUAUACACGACACACAACAAUACGGCCUUGCAGCCAUUCAUUUCUACACGGCAGCCACUACAUAACUCUGGUACUCCGGACGCGAUGGCUCUGAUCAGAGAAUGGCUCAGUGGUUGCCGAUCUCGCCACGGUGAAUGCUGCAGACGAACAGUAUCACGCCAAGUGAUUCCGGAAGACGAGCUUCAUGUCUUGCCAAGUCGAGUGAUCGACGUAGGACUUGACAGCCCCAACCAGGAUCCUCAUCUUGUUGAAAAUCAAGGCGAGAAAGUAGGGCAUUGGGCCGCACUUAGUCAUUGCUGGGGGAAAGCAAAGAAUCAUCCAUUAAAGACUACUCGACGGACUUUGGCUCGGCAUCUCAAGGCUAUUUCUAUGUCAUCGAUGCCCAAGACUUUUGCAGAUGCCGUCGCGGUUUGCAGAUCGCUAGGGCUACGCUUUCUUUGGAUUGACUCUCUCUGCAUCGUGCAAGAUGAUGAGGAUGAAUGGGAGAAGGAAUCGCAGAUGAUGGGAACGGUGUACGAGCAUGCCGUUCUUACGCUCGCCGCUUCAGAUGCUAUUGAUUCGACAUGCGGCUUAUUUCUUGAGCGGCCAUAUGCUGAUAUCAAAUUUCCAUCGAUUCAGCUUCCGCUUCUCACAGCAGAGUCAGACAUCGGGCGCCAGACGACACUCGGUAGCUACUCCGUCGGGAUCGAUUGGCGACAGGAGCCCUUCAUGACUCAUUUGCAUCCUCACUGGACCCCGUUGGCGAGAAGAGGGUGGUGUACGCAGGAACUGAUUCUGUCCCGGCGCGUCGUGCAUUUUCUAAAAGAGGGCAUGCUAUGGGUAUGCAGAGACAAAGCAGAAGAUGAAAAUGGGCAGAUGGUUUACGGCCGGCUAACUGAGCGUGAUUGGAGUACUGAAUGGGGUAAAAUCAUUUUGGAACACUCUCAGCGGGAAUUUACCUUCGAGAAGGAUCGUCUCCGAUCGCUGGACGGCUUGGCGAAGGAGCUCAGCAAAGUCAAGAAUAAUAGUUGUAACCCCGGUGAGUAUUUUUACGGAACUUGGUUGGCUGACAUACCGGAAUACAUCCUUUGGGCGUCUUAUCGAGCCGGGAAGAAGAAUACACGUUGUCCGUCGUGGACAUGGGCAUCCUGUGACGGAGCUGUGUGGUUUCGAUUCCGAGAUUUCGACAACCUAAGGCAGGAUGAUUUCUCCCAAUGUUGCAAAGUGCUCGGAGUAAGUAACACAAGUGGCGUUUUGACAAUAGAGGGCAAGGUGGCGGAUAUUAGCCACCUCAUCUUGCAUCCGAUGCGACGAAAUAGCACCGAGGACCUUAUGGGACAGAAUGCAAAUGCCACAUACCGGCAACCCCUUGUACAAGGGUAUGCUGUCGGCUCUAGACGUGAGGAGCCAUGUGGCUGGAUCGAGUUUGAUGACGACCGAGAUGCACUCGCCUUGUCAGAACCAAUUCUGUUUGUCCAUUUAGCUGAUGGCGAAUACUACACACCGCCUCUCAUACAACAUUGGGGACUCAUUCUGGUGAAGGAGACUGUAUAUGAUAACAGAUACAGCCGCGUUGGAAUGGGUUCGUUAUGGGAUUCAGAGCUGCUUGCGGGCUUAAUAGCCUCAAGAGUGGAAAUAUUUUAA